AUCCCUCUCCAUUCACCUCAAUAUCACGCACCAAGAAAGCAAGAAACCCACAUCACAAAAUCAUUGCAACCUGUUCUCAAGUAAUUAUAAAUGGAGAGAGUGAUACAGUUGGCAGCAGAAAGGCCAGUGGUGAUAUUCAGCAGGAGCACUUGCUGCAUGUGCCAUGCCAUCAAGACGCUGUUAUGUGACUUUGGGGUUAACCCAGCUGUGCAUGAGCUUGAUGAGAUGGCUAGAGGAAGGGAAAUAGAGCAAGCACUUUCAAGACUUGGGUCCCCAACUUUGCCAGCAGUUUUCAUUGGUAGUGAACUUGUUGGUGGUGCUAAUGAGGUUAUGAGCCUUCACCUUAACCGUUCCUUGAUCCCUAUGCUUAGACGUGCUGGAGCUUUAUGGGUAUAAAGAUAUUAUAUUAUAUAUAUGCAUGGUUGAUGCUACUUAAAUAAACAUAUAUAUAUAUAUUACUGGUAAUUAAAGUACUGUCGAGUGGAUUAUGAGUACUCUGUGUGUGUUGAGAUUAUGACAUAGUUGUAACGGGAGUAGUUGUAUGAUGCAUGGCUAAUCCUUUUUGUACUGUAAUCAUUAGUGUACUGCAAUCUUAUGUCUUUUCUUUCUUUUUUUGCUAUAAUAAUAUUGCAGUUUGUGUUA